UCUAGAACACUGUAUCCAUCAAAAUACUUGAAAGAUUAUUUGUUACAAGAUAUUCGACCAGAUGGCCGUGAAUUUUUAAACUACCGACCAGUAAAUGUCAAUGUAUCUUCAAUAACUCAAGCUGAUGGCUCUGCAAUUUAUAAAAUCGGAAACACUAAAAUAGUCUGUGGCAUCAAAGCUGAAUUAGCAGAACCAAGAGCAGAAUCUCCAGACUGUGGCUACCUGAUCCCCAAUGUCGGACUAACAGCUCUGUGUUCCUCCAAAUACAGGCCAGGACCUCCGAGCGAAAAUGCCCAAGUAGCCACUAAAAUAGUCGACCAGAUCCUUAGUAAUUCCCGAGCUGUAGAUUUGCACGAGCUGUGUAUUUGUAAAAAUAAACUUGUCUGGGUUCUGUAUUGCGAUCUGGAGUGCAUUGACUGCGACGGAUCAUUGAUUGACGCUUGCAUCGGUGCCUUAAUGGCUGCACUAUCAACUUUAACGCUACCGGAAAUUAGUUAUAAUGCAGAAGCUAAAACAACGGUGGUACAUCCAACAAAUCGACAACCAUUUACGCUUAAAUGUUUGCUGUCGUCAACUACUUUUGCGAUUUAUGAUGAUGAUUUGUUGCUAGCAGAUCCAACGGAUGAAGAAGAAGCAUUGGCGUUGAGCAAAAUAACUAUUGUUAUGGAUAAAAAUGAAAUGUGUUUCUUACAUAAAUCAGGUGGAGUUCCAAUUUCUACCACAUUACUAAAAACCUGCAUCGACCAAUCAAAGAAGCGCGCUGAAAAAAUCUCCAGCCUCAUAAGAACAGCGAUCAAGGAUUUAUAA